AUGGGGCUUCCCAUGGCCAGGGAGGAGACAGCUCUAGGCACUCAGCGUCUCAUCAAGGGCAAAGAGGUGCACACAGAGAGAGUGACUCUGUCCACGGAGAGUCUGGAAGCAGCGCUGGCCAACAACACAGGAGCCGCCAUCAGCAGGAAAGAGACAACUCCAGGCACUCAAGGACCGGAUAUGGGCAAAGCUCGGCUCUCUCUGGUACUGCUAGACACAGGGAUUCCAGUACCAGUCACUCCAGUGACCGCCAAAGGUAUACAGAAGAUUCACGAAGGCAAUCUGAGACUGCCCACAGAAGAUCUGGGUCCAGUUCGAGACACCAACAUGGGGCUUCCCAUGGCCAAGCAGGAGACAGCUCUAGGCACUCAGCGUCUCAUCAAGGGCAAAGAGAUGCACACAGAGAGAGUGACUCUGUCCACGGAGAGUCUGGAAGCAGCGCUGGCCAGAGACAGGGGCACCGCCAUGAGCAGCAAGGAGACAGCUCCAGACACUCAGGGACUGGACACAGACAAACCACAACUGCGUCUACUAGCGUCUGGAAGCAGCACUGGCCAGAGACAGGGGCACCUCCAUGAGCAGCAAGGAGACAGCUCCAGACACUCAGGGACUGGACACAGACAAACCACAACUGCGUCUACUAGCGGUAGACACAGGGAAUCCAGUGUUAGCCAGGCGAGUGACAGCGACGGCUCCUAUGAAGAUGCAGGGAGACAAACUGUGACCACCCAUGGAAGAUCUGGGUCCAGUUCAAGGCACCAACAUGGGGCUUCCCAUGGCCAAGCAGGAGACAGCUCUAGGCACUCAGCAUCUCAUCAAGGGCAAAGAGGUGCACACAGAGAGAGGGACUCUGUCCACGGAGAGUCUGGAAGCAGCACUGGCCAGAGACAGGGGCACCGCCAUGAGCAGCAAAGAGACAGCUCCAGACACUCAGGGACUGGAUAUGGACAAAGCUCAACUGUGUCCAGUCACAGUAGACCCAGGGAAUCCAGUGUUAGCCAGGCAAGCGACAGCGACGGCUCCUAUGAAGAUGCAGGGAGACAAACUGUGACCACCCAUGGAAGAUCUCGGUCCAGCUCAGUGAGCCAAUAUGGGGCUUCCCAUGGCCAGGGAGGAGACAGCUCUAGGCACUCAGCGUCUCAUCAAGGGCAAAGAGGUGCACACAGAGAGAGUGACUCUGUCCACGGAGAGUCUGGAAGCAGCGCUGGCCAACAACACAGGAGCCGCCAUCAGCAGGAAAGAGACAACUCCAGGCACUCAAGGACCGGAUAUGGGCAAAGCUCGGCUCUCUCUGGUACUGCUAGACACAGGGAUUCCAGUACCAGUCACUCCAGUGACCGCCAAAGGUAUUCAGAAGAUUCACGAAGGCAAUCUGAGACUGCCCACAGAAGAUCUGGGUCCAGUUCGAGACACCAACAUGGGGCUUCCCAUGGCCAGGCAGGAGACAGCUCUAGGCACUCAGCGUCUCAUCAAGGGCAAAGAGAUGCACACAGAGAGAGUGACUCUGUCCACGGAGAGUCUGGAAGCAGCGCUGGCCAGAGACAGGGGCACCGCCAUGAGCAGCAAGGAGACAGCUCCAGACACUCAGGGACUGGACACAGACAAACCACAACUGCGUCUACUAGCGGUAGACACAGGGAAUCCAGUGUUAGCCAGGCGAGUGACAGCGACGGCUCCUAUGAAGAUGCAGGGAGACAAACUGUGACCACCCAUGGAAGAUCUGGGUCCAGUUCAAGGCACCAACAUGGGGCUUCCCAUGGCCAAGCAGGAGACAGCUCUAGGCACUCAGCGUCUCAUCAAGGGCAAAGAGAUGCACACAGAGAGAGUGACUCUGUCCACGGAGAGUCUGGAAGCAGCGCUGGCCAGAGACAGGGGCACCGCCAUGAGCAGCAAGGAGACAGCUCCAGACACUCAGGGACUGGACACAGACAAACCACAACUGCGUCUACUAGCGGUAGACACAGGGAAUCCAGUGUUAGCCAGGCGAGUGACAGCGACGGCUCCUAUGAAGAUGCAGGGAGACAAACUGUGACCACCCAUGGAAGAUCUGGGUCCAGUUCAAGGCACCAACAUGGGGCUUCCCAUGGCCAAGCAGGAGACAGCUCUAGGCACUCAGCAUCUCAUCAAGGGCAAAGAGGUGCACACAGAGAGAGGGACUCUGUCCACGGAGAGUCUGGAAGCAGCGCUGGCCAGAGACAGGGGCACCGCCAUGAGCAGCAAGGAGACAGCUCCAGACACUCAGGGACUGGACACAGACAAACCACAACUGCGUCUACUAGCGGUAGACACAGGGAAUCCAGUGUUAGCCAGGCGAGUGACAGCGACGGCUCCUAUGAAGAUGCAGGGAGACAAACUGUGACCACCCAUGGAAGAUCUGGGUCCAGUUCAAGGCACCAACAUGGGGCUUCCCAUGGCCAAGCAGGAGACAGCUCUAGGCACUCAGCAUCUCAUCAAGGGCAAAGAGGUGCACACAGAGAGAGGGACUCUGUCCACGGAGAGUCUGGAAGCAGCACUGGCCAGAGACAGGGGCACCGCCAUGAGCAGCAAAGAGACAGCUCCAGACACUCAGGGACUGGAUAUGGACAAAGCUCAACUGUGUCCAGUCACAGUAGACCCAGGGAAUCCAGUGUUAGCCAGGCAAGCGACAGCGACGGCUCCUAUGAAGAUGCAGGGAGACAAACUGUGACCACCCAUGGAAGAUCUCGGUCCAGCUCAGUGAGCCAAUAUGGGGCUUCCCAUGGCCAGGGAGGAGACAGCUCUAGGCACUCAGCGUCUCAUCAAGGGCAAAGAGGUGCACACAGAGAGAGUGACUCUGUCCACGGAGAGUCUGGAAGCAGCGCUGGCCAACAACACAGGAGCCGCCAUCAGCAGGAAAGAGACAACUCCAGGCACUCAAGGACCGGAUAUGGGCAAAGCUCGGCUCUCUCUGGUACUGCUAGACACAGGGAUUCCAGUACCAGUCACUCCAGUGACCGCCAAAGGUAUUCAGAAGAUUCACGAAGGCAAUCUGAGACUGCCCACAGAAGAUCUGGGUCCAGUUCGAGACACCAACAUGGGGCUUCCCAUGGCCAGGCAGGAGACAGCUCUAGGCACUCAGCGUCUCAUCAAGGGCAAAGAGAUGCACACAGAGAGAGUGACUCUGUCCACGGAGAGUCUGGAAGCAGCGCUGGCCAGAGACAGGGGCACCGCCAUGAGCAGCAAGGAGACAGCUCCAGACACUCAGGGACUGGACACAGACAAACCACAACUGCGUCUACUAGCGGUAGACACAGGGAAUCCAGUGUUAGCCAGGCGAGUGACAGCGACGGCUCCUAUGAAGAUGCAGGGAGACAAACUGUGACCACCCAUGGAAGAUCUGGGUCCAGUUCAAGGCACCAACAUGGGGCUUCCCAUGGCCAAGCAGGAGACAGCUCUAGGCACUCAGCGUCUCAUCAAGGGCAAAGAGAUGCACACAGAGAGAGUGACUCUGUCCACGGAGAGUCUGGAAGCAGCGCUGGCCAGAGACAGGGGCACCGCCAUGAGCAGCAAGGAGACAGCUCCAGACACUCAGGGACUGGACACAGACAAACCACAACUGCGUCUACUAGCGGUAGACACAGGGAAUCCAGUGUUAGCCAGGCGAGUGACAGCGACGGCUCCUAUGAAGAUGCAGGGAGACAAACUGUGACCACCCAUGGAAGAUCUGGGUCCAGUUCAAGGCACCAACAUGGGGCUUCCCAUGGCCAAGCAGGAGACAGCUCUAGGCACUCAGCAUCUCAUCAAGGGCAAAGAGGUGCACACAGAGAGAGGGACUCUGUCCACGGAGAGUCUGGAAGCAGCACUGGCCAGAGACAGGGGCACCUCCAUGAGCAGCAAGGAGACAGCUCCAGACACUCAGGGACUGGACACAGACAAACCACAACUGCGUCUACUAGCGGUAGACACAGGGAAUCCAGUGUUAGCCAGGCGAGUGACAGCGACGGCUCCUAUGAAGAUGCAGGGAGACAAACUGUGACCACCCAUGGAAGAUCUGGGUCCAGUUCAAGGCACCAACAUGGGGCUUCCCAUGGCCAAGCAGGAGACAGCUCUAGGCACUCAGCAUCUCAUCAAGGGCAAAGAGGUGCACACAGAGAGAGGGACUCUGUCCACGGAGAGUCUGGAAGCAGCACUGGCCAGAGACAGGGGCACCGCCAUGAGCAGCAAAGAGACAGCUCCAGACACUCAGGGACUGGAUAUGGGCAAAGCUCAACUGUGUCCAGUCACAGUAGACCCAGGGAAUCCAGUGUUAGCCAGGCAAGCGACAGCGACGGCUCCUAUGAAGAUGCAGGGAGACAAACUGUGACCACCCAUGGAAGAUCUCGGUCCAGCUCAGUGAGCCAAUAUGGGGCUUCCCAUGGCCAGGGAGGAGACAGCUCUAGGCACUCAGCGUCUCAUCAAGGGCAAAGAGGUGCACACAGAGAGAGUGACUCUGUCCACGGAGAGUCUGGAAGCAGCGCUGGCCAACAACACAGGAGCCGCCAUCAGCAGGAAAGAGACAACUCCAGGCACUCAAGGACCGGAUAUGGGCAAAGCUCGGCUCUCUCUGGUACUGCUAGACACAGGGAUUCCAGUACCAGUCACUCCAGUGACCGCCAAAGGUAUUCAGAAGAUUCACGAAGGCAAUCUGAGACUGCCCACAGAAGAUCUGGGUCCAGUUCGAGACACCAACAUGGGGCUUCCCAUGGCCAGGCAGGAGACAGCUCUAGGCACUCAGCGUCUCAUCAAGGGCAAAGAGAUGCACACAGAGAGAGUGACUCUGUCCACGGAGAGUCUGGAAGCAGCGCUGGCCAGAGACAGGGGCACCGCCAUGAGCAGCAAGGAGACAGCUCCAGACACUCAGGGACUGGACACAGACAAACCACAACUGCGUCUACUAGCGGUAGACACAGGGAAUCCAGUGUUAGCCAGGCGAGUGACAGCGACGGCUCCUAUGAAGAUGCAGGGAGACAAACUGUGACCACCCAUGGAAGAUCUGGGUCCAGUUCAAGGCACCAACAUGGGGCUUCCCAUGGCCAAGCAGGAGACAGCUCUAGGCACUCAGCAUCUCAUCAAGGGCAAAGAGGUGCACACAGAGAGAGGGACUCUGUCCACGGAGAGUCUGGAAGCAGCGCUGGCCAGAGACAGGGGCACCGCCAUGAGCAGCAAGGAGACAGCUCCAGACACUCAGGGACUGGAUAUGGACAAAGCUCAACUGUGUCCAGUCGCAGUAGACCCAGGGAAUCCAGUGUUCGCCAGUCGAGCGACAGCGAGGGGCACUCUGAAAAUGCAAGGAGACAAACUGUGACCACCCAUGGAAGAUCUCAGUCCAGCUCAGUAAGCCAAUACGGGGCUGCACAUGACCAGACAAGAGACAGUUUGAGACACUCAGACUCUCAUGAAGGGCACAGAGGCACAUACAGAGAGAGGGACUCUGUCCACGGAGAGUCUGGAAGCAGCGCUGGCCAGAGACAGGGGCACCACCAUGAGCAGCAAAGAGGCAGCUCCAGACACUUGGGGACUGCAUAUGGACAAAGUUCAACUGUGUCCAGUCGCAGUAGACCCAGGGAGUCCAGUGUUAGCCAGGCGAGUGACAGCGACGGCUGCUAUGAAGAUGCAGGGAGACAAACUCUGACCACCCAUGCAAGAUCUGGGUCCAGUUCAAGGCACCAACAUGGGCUUUCCCAUGGCCAGGAAGGAGACAGCUCUAGGCACUCAGCGUCUCAUCAAGGGCAAAGAGUUGCACACAGAGAGAGUGACUCUGUCCACGGAGAGUCUGGAAGCAGCGCUGGCCAGAGACGGGGGCACCUCCAUGAGCAGCAAAGAGACAGCUCCAGACACUCAGGGACUGGACACAGACAAACCUCAACUGCGUCUGGUAGCAGUAGACACAGGGAAUCCAGUGUUAGCCAGGCGAGCGACAGCGACGGCUCCUAUGAAGAUGCAGGGAGAAUAACUCUGACCACCCAUGCAAGAUCUGGGUCCAGUUCAAGGCACCAACAUGGGGCUUCCCAUGGUCAGGCAGGAGUCAGCUCUACCCACUCAGAAUCUCAGCAACGGUAUAGGCCCGCCCCUACAGAGAGGGAUUCUGUCCAGGGAGAGUCUGGAAGCAGUGCUGGCCAGAGACAGGGGCACAGCCAUGAGCAGCAAAGAGACAGCUCCAGACACUCAGGGAGUGAAUAUGGACAAAGCUCAACUGUGUUCAGUAGCCAUAGACACAGAUUGUCCAGAGUUGGUCAUGUUAGUGACAGUGCUGGUUAUUCUCAAACUGCUGGUAGACAGUUAGGGACCGCUUCCAGAAAGUCUAGGUCCAGCUCAAGGAAACAAAUGCAUGAUGCAGUUCAAGAUUGGCGACAUGGCAGCUAUGGAAGUUCAGAUUAUGACUAUGGACAGUCAAGGUUUGGACAGUCUCAGUAUGGCAUGUAGGAUUCAGGGACAGACCUCAAUCCUGAGAAGAAUUUAUUAGCUCCAAUAUAACAAGCAGUAAUACACACCCAGGAACAUAUGGCCAUCCAAGUGAUCUUUUGAAACAGAUGGGAUUUCAUCCAUUCCAAAGAUCCUUUUAUUGUAAGUUAGAAAUUAAUUUUUUGAGUAAUUAACCUAAAGAAUAUGAGAAUGACAAAGACACAACUUGAGUCAAGAAUAAUUUCAUUAUGCUUUCAGGGAGGUUAUCUUCUCUUAUCUUUUUAAAAAAUUUAGUUACACUAUUUCUUUCCAUUGGUGAUAGGUACUUUUGUUUUCUCUAGGAAGCUUUGAACUUUAUAGUUACAAAGUGGUGAAUGGAAGAAAGCAAUUCCAAUCAGUGCUAAAUUUAGAAAUCCAUGAGUAUUUGGGGAGAUUGAAGCUCAAGUAUGAACUUUUCUUUUGAACGGUAAAUUUUAGAACUCUGAAUGUUGUUACAUUAAUAUUUGCCAAAUAUUUCAAAGUAACCAAAGGUGUAAAAUCACCAUUCUGUAAGCCAAAUCUGCUAUAUUAAUAUCAGGUCUCAGUACACCUGCCUGUAUUAUCUUUGUAUUGAAACUCUGUAUUUUUGCAUUCAUUAAUCACCUUAGGUAUAUAAAAUCAAAAAACCUGUACUGCAUGAAAAUUGAAAAUAAACUAUUGAUGAUACAUCAUUGUUUGUCUCUUCCAUACU